AUGAAGACAGAAAAUCAAACUUUUAGAGCAGUUCUUGGCCUUUUCCAGUAUCACCAAAUGAACACGGUUGUCUUUGUUGCCAUUGCUGUUAUCUUCUCAGUGUCUUUGAUGGGAAAUAUCAUACUGAUCCAUCCCAUCCAAUUGGACACUCGACUCCAUACUCCCAUGUACUUUCUCCUCAGUCAGCUAUCCUUUGUUGACAUGAUGUACAUCUCCACCACAGUACCCAAGAUGAUAGCAAAUUUUUUGUCGAGUAAUAAGACCAUUACUUUUUUAGGUUGUGAGAUUCAAACCUUUUCGCUUUUGACCCUCGGUGCCACUGAAACUCUUCUACUUGGUUUUAUGUCUUAUGAUCAAUAUGUAGCCAUCUGUCACCCUCUACAUUAUCCUGUGCCCGUGUUCAAGAUGAUCUGUUUUUCCACAGUCACAUGUGCAUGGGUCUGUAGUUUUAGCAAUGCUUUAAUAUAUACAUUGUACGUGUUUCAACUUCUGUUCUGUAAGUCUCAGCUCAUUAACCACUUUUUCUGUGAAUUUUCAUCUAUAUUGGCUUUGGUGUGUCAGGACACCUCCCAGUACGAGUAUACCAUCCUCUUUAGUGGCCUUAUCAUUCUGCUGCUACCAUUCAUGGCCAUUCUGGCUUCUUAUGCCUGGGUGCUUAUUGAGGUGUACCAGAUGAGCUCAGGUAAAGGGCAGACAAAAGCUGUCUCCAGGUAUUCCUCUCACCUGAUUGUGGUAAGCCUAUUUUAUGGGACCACUCUCUCCACCUAUACAAGACCACAUUCCUUGCAUGACCCUAAGGAGGAUAAAGUAGUGGUCGUGUUUUACAGCAUUAUUACACCUCUUCUGAAUCUAUUUAUCUACAAUCUGAGGAAUAAGGAAGUCAUGGGGACCAUGAGGAAACUGCUGGGAUAG